AUGGGGUUUCGCAUCACUACCUGGAAUGUGAAUGGAAUCAGGAACCCGUUCUCUUAUGAACCAUGGAGAGGGACCCGCACUUUCGAGUCGAUGUUUAAUAUUCUGGGCUCCGACAUCGUUGUUCUUCAGGAAACCAAAAUCCAGCGCAAGGAUCUGCAGGAUGACAUGGUCUUGGUGCCAGGAUGGGACUGUUACUUCAGCUUACCCAAGCUUAAAAAAGGGUAUUCCGGUGUGGUCAUUUAUACCCGCAAUGACACGUGUACUCCAAUACGAGCCGAAGAAGGCAUCACAGGGGUUCUUUGUCCGCCUAAUUCAUCAGUGGCCUUUCGUGAUAUGCCAGAGACGCAACAAAUUGGAGGUUAUCCUACAUCGAGCCAACUAACCAGAUGCCAAGGGGCAUCUGAGAAGAGUGAUAGCGAAGAUCAAGAUCAUCGAAGUGCCACAGCUGGCGAACGAAUCGAUGCCACAAGCCUCGACUCCGAAGGGCGGUGUGUUGUGCUGGAGUUUCCAGGGUUCGUUUUGAUUGGGACAUAUUGUCCUGCAUAUAGGGACGAAAGCCGCGACGCAUUCCGCAUGGAUUUCCUCAAAGCCUUGGAUGCUCGUGUGCGCAAUCUUGUGUCAUUGGGGAAGCGAGUAUUCGUGACUGGGGAUAUUAAUAUAUCCAAGGCGCCUAUUGACUCUGCUCAUGCACUGGAUGGAAUACGCAAAAGAACUACUACUGAAGAAGAGUUUUUGUCAAGUCCACCUCGAACAUUGUUCAAUGCUUUACUGGCAGAUGGGGUGGUUCCCGGCGGGCGGGACGGUAGCAGAGAACAACCAGUCCUUCAUGACAUUUGCAGGUCAUUUCAUCCAAACCGCGGUGGCAUGUACACAUGCUGGGACACCAAGCUUAAUACCAGACCUGGCAAUUAUGGCUCUAGAAUUGACUAUGUACUAUGCAGCCUUGAUAUGAAGGACUGGUUCGUGGAUUCAAACAUACAAGAAGGGCUGAUGGGCUCAGAUCAUUGUCCCGUCUAUGCUGCUUUCAACGACCAGGUGCUUUCUAAUGGAGCCAUCGUCCAUAUCCGGGAUAUUGUUAACCCACCGGGGAUGUUCAAAGAUGGUGAAAGACAGAGAGAAUAUACAUCACAAUAUACUCUCCCAACAUCGGGCCGCUUACUGCCUGAAUUUGAUGUUGGUAAACGACGAAGCAUCAAAGACAUGUUUGCUCGGAAGCAACCCGCGGCAAGUACUAGUAACGUGGAAAGUACAGCAUCUCCUAGAAACGUUGACAUAUUGCCGAGAGCGCAAGGUCAGAAUAACACCAGCUCUCAGCUUUUCAAAACAACAGACACCAUAGCAUCAAAUCCCGUGACUGGCAAAAGAACGGCACCCCUAUCAACAAGCCUGAGCAAACGCUCAAAGUCUACAGUGACUUCAUCUGCUACCUCUACAUCGGGCCAGAAAGUCCUGAGCGGCUUUUUCAAGCCGAGAAUAUCCGAUGGUAACAUAAAGCCAGAGUUAGCUGUAACCACUGCUUCCUUUGCCACUAUGACUCCGCCCGAGUCCAUACUUCAAUCUUCCAAAAAUCGUUCGAUGGAUAGCACCGAUACUGACCCCAGAGGCCCUGGAAUUUCCAACCCUGGUACAAACACAACAAUGUCAUCGAAAAACUCAAUACCAAAUGCCCCCGAGACAGACAGGGUGAUUGACCCGAUUGUUAGUAAGGAGGACUGGGCGAAGUUAUUCACUCGAAAGCCUGUACCUCGUUGUGACAAUCACCAGGAGCCCUGCAUCAGCAUGACCACCAAGAAACCAGGCAUAAACUGUGGCCGAGCCUUUUGGAUUUGCCCUCGGCCAUUAGGACCUAGUGGCGAGAAAGAAAAAGGCACGGAAUGGCGCUGCCCGACAUUUAUCUGGGCGAGUGAAUGGAAUGGGACCAUGCAACCAGAUCCAUCAUAA